UACACUAUCUAUAACCUUGGACAUUGAUUCCGCCAGACGUCAGACUUUCAUUUUGAAAUUAUUUUUUAAAAUGUUUUUUUUGUCCACACCCGGAAGUAAUUGACAGUACGCGGCUCCUCUAACUCGUCGAUCAGCUGAUUAUUGACCCGUGCGACCCCUCUGGAUGUUGAGCGUGCGAGCUCUGCUUGGGAUCGGCGUCCUGGUGACCUCUCGAGCCGCCGCAGUCCUCGCUCAGACGGGGAAAUGUCCGCUGCCCUCUGCUGCUGACAACCACAGAGAGGACUGUUUCGGGAGCAGACCGGCAUCCACCAUGGCCCACGCCGUUAAAUAUCUCGGGCAGGAGGAGGCGCAGCACAUCGACGAGGAGCUCUUCAGUGAGUACGGCUUCAGCGUGGACCAGCUGAUGGAGCUGGCUGGACUCAGCUGUGCCACAGCCGUCACACGGGCGUAUCCAGUCACGUCUCUGGUCAAGGCCCGACCUUCUCUGCUGGUGAUCUGUGGACCAGGUAACAACGGAGGCGACGGUCUGGUCGCGGCCAGGCACCUUAAGCUCUUUGGUUACGAGCCGACCGUCCUGUACCCGAAGCGGCCAAACAAGCCGCUGUUCCAGGGCCUGACAACACAGUGCCAGAAGAUGGAGAUCCCGUUCCUGACUGAGAUGCCUGAGGCCAAAGUGAUCGACGAGGCUUACAACCUAGUGAUCGACGCCAUCUUCGGCUUCAGUUUCAAGGGGGCCGUGCGCGAGCCUUUCGGUUCCAUCUUGGACGUGCUGAAGAAGACCACGGCCCCCAUAGCGAGCAUCGACAUCCCCUCGGGCUGGGAUGUGGAGCAGGGCAGCGUCGACGGCCUCCAGCCCGACAUGCUCAUCUCCCUCACUGCUCCCAAGAAGUCCGCCUCCUUGUUCCGAGGGCGGUACCACUUCCUCGGAGGUCGCUUCGUGCCGCCCGGCCUGGAGAGGAAGUACCAGCUCAACCUGCCUCGGUACCCGGGCACGGACUGCGUGUUACAACUGUAGUGGGAUUCAGGUUUUGAUUGAGAGGUGUGACUCCAGGAAAAGGUUCUCAGAAGGAAUAUUUCAACAUUUUUGUAAUGUAUAUUUAGAUAAGGAUAUAAAUACCUUGGAGCCAGAGCCAGAUAAAUCUGCCUGCUGCUGGCUGUAACGUCAGAUUUAGUGUGGAGACUUCAGAGUGCUACAUCUCAUCAAACCUUUGGACAGAAAUUCAAUUACAGUAUUUCCCUAAAAUGUUGAAGUAUUCCUCUAAAAUUGAAUUUGAAUUGUCCUGAUAGAAUGAAUGGUUGUGGGAGUGAGUUAAAUGUGCUGUGAAUCUAAAAAGGUUUAAGGGAGAGUUUUUUCUUCAUGUAAAAGCAAGAAGCUUGGACAUGGUGAUUGUGUCUACUACAUUAAAAUAUAUUUAAAAAAAUAUACACAA